AUGCUGUCAAAGGAUCUUAGCAGCCGCUUGGGCGGCGCCUGGAAACGGGCCAUUUCAUCAACUCCCCAGAAGAGGAUUGCCGGUAGCGGAGGGGCUAGCCGGUCUAGCUCUACAGCUUCCCAACAGCUUCCGAGGUGGUCGAGUCGCUCCGUCUUUGCACUUACGGCUUCGGCCGGUGUUUUCGGGUUUGGACUUGCCGCAUCCGGGUUGGAGCUGUCGCCGAGGGGUAACGUUUUAUUACUCGACAGCAAGGUUGCCGCCCCACGUUAUGCGUCGAUACGUGAAAUGGAGAUGGCCUUGGAUGAGAUUCGUAGUGAGAUUGGUGCUGGCAGUGAAGAUAUAAUAUCAACGGAUCCCGAUGAUUUGCAUGCCCAUGGUUAUUCUGAAUGGUCGAGCACCAACCCUGAAGGCCUUCCGGUUGCUGUGGCCUAUCCUAGGUCGACAGACCAGGUCUCAACUAUUGCACGGAUCUGCCACAAAUAUCGCAUUCCUAUCAUCCCUUACUCGGGAGGUUCAAGUUUAGAGGGCAAUUUCUCUGCCCCUUAUGGCGGCAUCAGUGUUGAUUUUGCCUACAUGGACCAGAUCAUCAAGUUUAACAAGGACGACAUGGAUGUUGUCGUUCAGCCCAGCAUAGGUUGGCAAGACUUGAAUGAGCAGUUGGCAAGAUUGGAGAGUGGAUUAUUUUUCCCUAUCGACCCAGAUGGCUCAGGCCCAAGUGCUAAGAUCGGUGGCAUGAUUGGAACAAACUGCUCUGGAACGAAUGCAGUGAGAUACGGUACCAUGAAAGAUUGGGUCAUAAACCUCACAGUUGUGCUUUCCGACGGAACGGUUAUCAAGACGCGAAGAAGGCCAAGAAAAUCGUCUGCGGGUUACAACCUUAACAGUCUUUUUGUGGGGUCAGAAGGCACACUUGGUUUGGUGACUGAAGCGACCGUUAAGCUUGCUGUCGUCCCCGAAGAUCUCUCGGUUGCGGUAGUCACAUUUCCAACUAUACGCGAUGCAGCGUCCGCAGCUGCCGAGGUCAUGCAGACUGGCAUCCAAGUGGCAGCGAUGGAAAUCAUGGACGAAGUGCAGAUGAAGGUUGUCAAUCUCGGUGGAGCGACUGCUCCGAAGGUCUGGAAGGAAAUGCCGACACUCUUUUUCAAGUUCUCGGGCACCAAGGCGACAGUAAAGGAGCAUAUUGGCCUGGUCCAGAAAAUCACCAAGAGGAACAAGGGCAGCAACUUUGAAUUUGCCAAGGAUCAACGUGAGCAGGAACUACUGUGGUCUGCCAGGAAAGAGUCGCUGUGGUCCAUGCUGGCACUAAGGAAAGAUGGAGAGGAAGUUUGGAGUACGGAUGUUGCUGUUCCGUUCAGCAGACUCGCUGACCUCAUUGAAGUCAGUAAGAAGGAGAUGGACGACAUGGGACUAUUCGCCAGCAUCCUCGGACACAUCGGUGAUGGUAACUUCCACGAGAGUAUCAUGUACAACCGCCAUAAUCAGGAGGAACGUGAAAAGGUCGAGUUGUGUGUCAAAAACAUGGUCAAGCGGGCUCUGGAGAUGGACGGCACCUGCACCGGAGAGCACUCUAUCGGCUGGGGCAAGAAGGAAUCCCUGCUCUGGGAGGUUGGUCCCGACACCUUGGGGGUAAUGCGACAGAUCAAGCAGGCGUUGGACCCGAGAUGGAUCAUGAAUCCUGGAAAGAUUAUGGAUCUUCCCGGAGGCGGUCUCUGA